CUUCUCACAGAGUCUAACUCAAUAAUAGUCCCUUUUCUGAAAUUCUCCUAACUCUCUCUCUCUCUCAACAAUGGCUCGUACUUUUGUUCUUAUGUUGGUUGCUGCUGCUGCAUUGUUGUUGAGCUCCACGAUGGCUCAAUCUCCAGCUUCUUCGCCGGCUUUAUCACCGACCAACACGCCGGUGGCCACUCCACCGAGGAGGGCGUUGUCUCCGUCUCCUGUUCCUGCUGCGGUGCCACCGUCGUCUUCUCCUCCGGCUCCACCUACUUCUUCUCCUUCGGAGCCCCCAAUUGCAGCUGCUACUCCGAACAUCCCUCCCUCGACCAUCUCGACUCCACCAUCUGAAGCACCAGGACCAGCUGCAAACGGUGCCGUUUUCAACAGAGUUGGCGGAUCUGCUCUCAUUCUAAUCAUCGCUUCGGCCAUGCUCGUAUAGAACAAAUUCUGUGGGAUUAUUCAUGAAUACUUGAGUUUUUUGAACUCCAGUACUUUUUUUUCCUGGUGUCGUUGAAGACGAUUCAUUUAUUUUAAUUAUUUUAUUUAUUUAUUCAUUCAUAUGAUUGAUGCAUACACACAUAUGUAUAAUCUCUUUGCGAUUAUAACAUAUAUGAUAGAUGUGCAUUAGCAUUUGUCAUUUGUAACUAUUUAAUUAAUUAAUUAAUUGCUCGUAUUUUAAUACGAUUUCGA